CAUCAAGUGUGGGCUGCAGUAGAUCCUGGUAAGCAAGUGUAACUCUUUGCGUCAGUCGCUGCACUUGUCUCGGACGUCAUCGCAGCUAGGUCGUCGUUUCACGUUUCCUCGCAUUCAUUGUUCUCUCCAAUUUGCUUCGGAGUCAUCUGCAGAACACUUCUCUACAUUCGAGGGUGUUGAAAUAGAUGCAAAACUCCACGUGCCGCUCGAUCGAGGUCAGUCAUCUGGGCCCCAUUGUUCGACCAGCGAAGCGGCAUGAGCGAUCGCGGCCCGACGAGGAGAGCGGUCCGCAUCGACGUUCCUUCAGAUCAUGAAGAAGGCUCUAGCAGCUCAGAUUGGCAGUCGAGCAAUGCGGCGAUUCCGAGCACAGGUGCAGGCCGUCGCCCCGAGCAGGGCUUUGACUCUGGAACAAGCUCCGACUCAGACAGCUCUGACGACUACGAUGAGGUAGCGGAUCGUCUUUCCGACGAAGACUUUGAUCCGUCAACAGCCACGGACGAAGAGUACAGCAAUGUCUCGCGACGAGCCCCGAGAUUCGCGCCACACCGUGUCAUGAGGCCGCCCCGCGCACCCUCACCACCCAGAGGACCGCGACAUGGGAUCGAACCAGAAGGAUUCAUACAUCGCCGUCCCCAUCAACACCACGCAGUUGUGCCGCUACCGCAUAAUCGAGUGUACGAACAGCCCUUUCGCGUGGAAGACCCGUCGAGCAGCUUAGCCGCCGUGGUGUCCUUGCGGGGUAUAAGCACGCGGCCGCGCAUGCCGGGGACGCAUCAACUCGCAGCUCAAUCAUGGGAGGUGACCAAGGGCACGCUGCCGACGGGCGCCAAGACGGACUGCCUCACUGUUCGGGAAGUCAGCCACUACGCGGACGAGGCGGGUGACAGUCUCAUUACUCUGAUAUGCUAUGACGCAGCUUCAUCGACGAAGAAGGAGUCGGUUCAGACGCGAUGGAUGCAUCUGUAUCAGGAUCCGAAUCUGGCAGAUUUUGAGGAUAUUAUAGAUGCCUGCCCUCACGCAGACCAGGCGUUAAAAACUGUUGCUCUCGCUCUCCUUCGCGAUCGCCGUCACUCCGCAAACACCGAGCGCUUUCAAGGGGAGUCUGGCAGCCGCGACUUCAUCACCCGUUAUGAUUAUAGAGACCAUAGAGGAACAUGGAGCACGGAAUCGGUCAUAUUCAUGAGCGUCCCGUUCUUCACCACGAAGACGAGGGCUUGGCUCGUCCAAAACGACAUGACACCGACUUCCGCAACGCCGGUCCGAUAUCAUCUGCAUACAGACCAUGAAUUUGCCGCCGCCGAUGCUCAGAUGGCGUCGGGGGGUUCAUUCACCACUGGCAGUGGCACGGAUUCAGAAGUUUGCGUUGCAUAUCUCUGGUGCCUAUUGCUCGGACCAGAUAUCAUCAUAACAUGCGGCGACAUUGAGUUUAAAGAUCUCCUUGUUUCUAGUAUAACCGUCGAAAUGAAGUCAGACGCCAACAGGCGGCCCUGUGUCAUAAGAAUCACCGAUUCCGAUUCACGGUACUUUCAUCUUGUGAUCGAUCCGCCUCUAUCUUACUUUGAGUUUAUGGAGUCCGUAGUCAACAAGGUCCGUGUCUUCUCCGAUGGGACACGAGUGGCAAACUUCAAGCUUCUCACCGAAGACCUUGAUGAGCUUACACCUGAGAUCUGGCUGGGCUUCAUGCAACGCGACGACCUCGAUUCUCUCAGUCUCAUCCUUCGACGGACUGGACGUGUCGCGUAUACUUCCAUGUCAGAAUCGGAAGGAUUCAGUGACGAGUCCAGCUCCCUGCAACACCUCAGAAACCACAGUCCAGGGGCCAGCGCCACAGGCGUCGUCAUUAAUGAUUUGGGAGCCCUAUCGCGGGCACGAUCACGGGUGUUCCAGGCUACGAUUGAGAGCGAUGAUUCCGAAUCCGAAACAACACGGUCCAUGCCCGAAACAACAUCGAGGAAGAGCGAUGGCAAGUCGGCCACUUCUGGAGCCGAAUCCACAUCGAAUCCGCUGCCACAAAGCGUCAAGCCGCGCCGGACAGCGAACCAGAGGGUGAGAAAAGUCGGGUUCGCCGACGAAACGAUUUUACCGUCUCAAAGCACAUCUACGGGAAGCACCGCUUAUGCGAACGGGGACUGCGACGCGGCCGUCCCGGUGACCAUUCAUCCCUUUUUCACGUGGAAUGUCAUGCACAAGCGGGGGAGUGACGGCAACUUGCCGCCGCACAUCCAGAUCUGCCGACUGCUGAGUCGCGUCGACAAGGCCAUGGCGAGGAAGCGCCCGACUGCCCAUCGGUACGUCUACCAGCGGGGGUAUGAAUGCGACCCGUCAGGGCUUGGACACCGGCACCCGUGUCUGACAGGCACGUCCAAAGGGACGAGCGCUACAUCACUCAUUCCGGAGGCUGAGAAGGCAAACAUGCCUGUAGAUGGCAUCUCGAGGUGGCCCACGCUCGAGCAAGUCUUUGAUGCGGAGUCCCGAGGUGUUCAGGACCCCCUACUUUGGGAAAACGUGGUUGAGCAGUAUUGUCGCCCGCUCGUCACUAUAUCUCUAGAAAUCGGCGAAAGAUUCGUGCCUGCCGACCUGGAGGUCGUGCAUAGGUGCUGGAAGAAGCUCUGGGGUGCGUUAGACAGAAUCCUUCGGUGCGUCGAGAUGCACUACAAGCAGCCGCACGGCCGUGGCACAUAUCGCGCCAGCGAGCGCUUGUACGCUGCCUCGCCCUACUUCGGCUCCGGAGAAGAGGCCUUCGAGGGCGUCGACCAAUGCCAGGCAUGUAAAGAAGGGACCGAAUACCAGAGUGUCGGGCAAGCGCUAGACCAUCUCCACGAGAGGCAUGCACAGUGUCAGGGCUGCAGCAAGCCAACCCGCGUGUUCGAUGACCCCUGCACUGUCUGGAUAGAAGGAAACAUGGAGAUCCAUGACCGCAAGGUGCAAAAGUCCCUCAGCCGGGCUUUGAGAAAACUCAGCGUCUUCAUCCUGUAUCUGGAGGAUAUCCGGAGGUGCAUCUCCGAACUUCACCGUUCGGUCCAACACAUUGACGCUCCUGGGGGCCGCAAGGCGGGUAAGAAGAAACUGCCGCUGCUACCGAGCACACUAGUCCGAGGUUUCGAGGAGCUCCUCCUCUCCUACAUCACGCUCGCACACAUUCUGUCUCGCGCGACUACUGGUGGCGAGACGGAACAAGCGCCACCUACACAGAAAGUGCCGCGUAUGAGGGGCAUGAAGACGGGUGACUUCUCGGUGGGCCAGUCCCGACAUGGAGAUAGUCGAAGCUCGCGGACGUAUGGAAGCUCCCAUGUUCCAUCAAGCUACGCCACACAUGGCUCCGGCCACAGCACAAACUUUGAGGUCCCUCAGAUCCACCGCCAGAGCAUGGUCCAGGCGAAGCUCCGAUUCAAGCACGCACGGCGUGACCUCAUACUCCUCAGCACCACAACUAGUCAGGCCGGCAGCGUCAGCCUGACGGCCGUGGGCGCCGAGUAUAUACUCGGUGUCGUCCUAGCGGGUCUGAACACGCACAUGGACGGGAAGAAGGAGCAUCUUCUCGGUAUGUAUAAUCGCCAAUUGGUGAGAGUCGCCAACCAAGCAGCCAGACGGCCGCAGCGCCGGCAUUUCAUGGAGCUCCAUGCGCUGGAGACCAACUUGCUGGCCGUGAGGAGAGUCUUUCGGCUGCAUCACAACAUGCUGAUCAAUUACGAGCGCAUACUGGACCCUCACUCUUACAGAGUCACGACAAAAGCCAGGCAAGCGCUGUUCGAGGUGGAGGCCAAACUCCUCGGCGAUGAAGCCAAACGCCUCACCGCUCGACUUGAUUUCGGCGAUGGCCUCUUCAAUCGGCUUGCCUUCUUCCAGCAGCGCAUCAAGCAGCAAAUCGAAGUCUUGGAGGAGGGCCACGGCAAGGCCAUCCGGGUCUUUACCUUUGUCACUGCCUUUUUCCUCCCUCUGUAAGUCCACCGACGUCAAGCUAGAUGGCUCGUUAGGAAAAAGAGGUCGCUUUUCGAUAUGUGCAGUGCUAAUCUACCAUCUCUGUCCGACAGCUCGUUUGUGACCAGCUUCUUGGGCAUGAACACGACCGACAUUCGGGACACCAACCUUGACCAGAGCAUCUUCUGGAAGGUUGCUAUCCCGACAACCAUCUUGAUCUUGACGCUGGCAUUCCUUUAUGGCUAUAAGUGGGACAGCAUCCACGAUUCUCUGGCCGAGACGUGGGAGGCGACGCAGCAGAAGUGGGCACAUAGGCAAGCGAGGCGUCGCACGGAGGACGAAGGCGGCGGGGGGCAUAGGGGCUUCAGAUUGUCGAAAUGGUCGUUUCCCGCUUCGGGACGAGGGCAAAAACAGCAAAGGGGCGUCCAAGCGAAGGACGCGUUUGGGCUGAAUGGCCUUUCCGUGUAGGUCAAAAAUAGAGUGAGCACUGUAGUGAGGCCGCCCUGAAGGACCAGGACCGCCGGCAGUUUGCUGUGCAUACCCCCCACCCCCCACGUGACCUACAC